CUUUCCGCCACUCAACAUGCAUUUCCUCAUAAUGCGGUGUUUAGCAAUUCUUUUCUUUAGCACAAUGGUGUCUGCUCAAGCGUCAAACACGCAGUGUCCCGACUCCGAAUUAGCUUGUCACGAUGUGAUGAAUUCCUCGCAGUGUAUAGCGGCUUUGAUACUCGACAAUCCUCAACGGGCGACGAAAAAUGCUUUGAUCGAGUGUGUGGAACAUGAGGGGACAGCGAGCAGUCUACCAGGAGCCCAAAAAUACUGCCGUUGUCUGGGUUGUCAUGUCCCCGCCAUUAAUGCCAAGCUUGCUGAGCUAUUCUGUUCAUAAAACGAGUGAUGGCUGGCUGGCAAGGGAGGUUGGAAUAAGGUUUUGACAUGGAGACUGAACAGCUUCCAGGUUGCAGCUGGCGGCAAAGAUUCGGUGGCUUUGAAACGCCACCCAGAAGAUUGGCUCACAUGAGUUUCUCGGUGUGAAAAACAGCGUGAGCACUAGACCAGGAUAAUUUUGGCAUGCACUUGACCCAGUCAGAUGUCACCUCGGACACACGGUGCUUAAUGUGUGUGACUAAGGGCACGUGCAUCUCACUCAGAUCCCAAAACAUGAGCUCGCGAGGAUUAAAUCAAAUCGUACUCCUUUAAAAGACUCGGACCUGUUCUGAUCCUUUUGCUGAUACAUUUCCCAGUCCAUCCAUCCAGCAUCUGUUGUACCAAAUAUCCAGCUACCCCCACCAACCCCUCCCGGCCUCCUAAGCAACCAUCACUUCCCCAGUCAUCAUCACCCAAAGCCAAAAAUGUCGCUCGCCUUCAAAGUCAUCACAUCCUUCUCCUCCAUAUUCACCGCAACCUACAGCACGAUCGAGUCCCUUAUAACUUCCCCCAACCAGGACACCAACCACCAACAGGACCAUGCCUUCCAAGCCCCUUCCGCCACCGAUAAACGCAGCCCAUGUCCGAUGGUCAACGCUCUCGCAAACCACGCCUACCUUCCCCGCGAUGGGUCCAACGUCUCCCUCCUCAAGCUCAUCCAAGCCGCCAAAGAGGGCAUCAACCUCGCCCCCGACGCAACCCUCAUCGUCGGCCUCAAAGCCCUCCAAACCUCCACCACUGGCAGCUGGUUAACCUUCAACCUGGACGACCUGAACAAACACGGUGUCAUCGAACACGACGCCUCCCUCAGCAGAAAAGACGUCUUUUUCGGCGACAACCACUCCUUUUCCCCCGAGACGUGGGAAACAGUAUUUAAACACUUUCGAGGACUGGAGAAAAUCCCCCUCCAAGUUGCCGCAGCGGCCAGGAAGGAAAGAGUGGAGAGCGCAAGGGCUUCCAACCCGGAGUUUAGCCUGACCGAGGAUCAGAACAGGUUCUCCAUUUUGGAGACCAGUCUGUAUCUCAUGGUCUUUGGGGAGGGAACGCAGGGGAAUGCGCGGACUGAUUGGGUCAAGGUGCUGUUUGAAGAGGAGAGGCUGCCGUUUCAGGAGGGGUUUACGCGGUCGCCUACGAUGCUGACUCUUGGUCAGAUUUUAGAGUUGCACAAGAAGGUGGAGGCCGUUUAAGCACCGGGCUGAGGGUCAUGUAGGGGGGCUGAAGGAAGAGGAGUAGUAACCCAUAUUUUGGCUUCAAUGAUACCUAAUUAUUUUGAAUACUUCCAGAUUUGCCCCAUCAUUUUGGCAAUUUUGUAGAGCUUGGAUCGGGCCAUGAGAUCCAGUGAGGCAACCAAAUCGUCAACAUGAUGUGAAUGUCUCGCCUUGAGCUAGGGGUCCCCGGCACCAAAGAGCUAGUUUCAACCACAGCAGAAGUUGCAAACAUGCCUCCUGAAUUGGCGCAAGAAUCCAAGCCAUACUUCCAAGAAUGAAGGGAAAGUAAAUUCCCUCAGCUGGUUUGGCACAGACUCUUUAUGUCAUUACCUUUUUGACUUGCACCCUCUUCUACCUAGACCCGUUAUGGAUAAAAUACUAAAUAUUGCGCCACAAUGUUAAGUCCUUUCGACAAUCUUUAAAGGUCUAUUAAUUACUAGUAAAAUAUAUUAACUGUCC